AAGAGAGGCAAAGUCUAGGAGAGUGGGGAAUGACACAGUGUAAAAUCCUCUCAACUCCUGAAACACAAACAGUAUGUAAUAGGACCUAAGGAAAAUAACAGGAGUCCCUGGGUGGUGCAAACAAUUAAGCUUUUGGCUGCUGACCAAAAGGCUGGUGAUCCGAACCCACCCAGGGCACCUCAGAAGAAAGGCCUGGCAGUCUGCUCCCAAAAGGUCACAGCUGUGGAAACCCUACGGAGCACAGUUCUACUCUGACACACAUGGGGUCAUCAUGAAUUAGAAUCAGCUUAAAGGCAACUGGAAGGAAAAUAACAGCAUCUUCAUUGUCAAAGGACAUCACGUGACCAAUCAAGGUUUACGCCAAUCAACCAAUACAAAAUUUCCUUUUUCCCACCACUUUUGCCCCGCUUUCUGAUGGACUACCCACAAUAGCAUAUAAAAUGCACUUUAUAAUUGGUUCUCAACAGCCUCUAGGCAAUUUAGCAAUAGUUUUUUUUUUUUAAUCUGCAUAUUUCCUACCUCAUUUUGCUUUUGAGAGGCAGAAAAAGUGCCUCCUUUCUAUGGGGUCAACAGGCUAGUCCGUCGCACAUCUUUGCGUCCUUUGUAAUGUGACUAUAGACCAUACUGUAGGUAGGGGGCAGAUUCUUGUUUAAAAAGGAGCAAGUAAGCCCCUUCUUAUCUUUCAGAAUAGAAAAGUCUAAGGCCAGAGAGCUUAUUUCAAUAAAGUCUUUGACACACUCAGUUCAAAGAUAAAAGAAAAAAAAAGUAUUCCAAAGACAAGUAAAGGUGAUUUUGUUCAUUUUUAAUUAUGGAGUAUCUUAAUUGCAGAGAUUCUAAUUCGUUGGUCUUAGGUGGGCUCUGGGAAUCAGUAUUGUUUAAAAAGCUCCCUAGAUGCCUCCAUUAGGCAGGCAGGGUUGAGAAGUCCCGGGCUAGAAAACUGUAGAGUGUUUUCCAAACCACACUGUGUACCUGAAUCACUUGGGACAGUGCCUCUCAAACUUUAAUAUGCACGCAAAUCACCUGGAGAUCUUGUUAAAAUGAUUUAGGAGGUCUGAUUCAGGAGGUCUGGGGUGGACCCCAAAAGUCUGCAUUUUCAACAAGCUCCCAAGUAAUGCCAAUGCUGCUGCUUCACGGGCUAGACUCUGAAGGUAAAAAAACGAAAUGGAACCCACUGCCGUGGGGUCAAUUCCAAAUCAUGGCGACCUCAUAUGUUACAAAGUAGAGCUGCUUCGCAGGGUUUUCUUGGCUGUAAUCUUUACGGAAGCAGAUCACCACACCUUUCUUCCAAGGUGCCACUGUGUGGAUUCGAACUGCCAAGCUAUAGGUUAGUAGUCCAGUGCAAAACAUUUGCACCACCUAGGGACCUCCAGCGGAAACCCUGGUUGCAUAGUGGUUAAGUGCUACAGCUGCUAACCGAAAGGUCAGCAGCUGGAAUUCACCAGGUGCUCCUUGGAAACUCCAUGGGGCAGUUCCACUCUAUCCUAUAGCAUCGCUAGGAGUUGGAAUCGACUCGAUGGCAAUGGGUUUGGUUUGGUUUUGGUUAGGGACCUCCAGAGUAGCAAAGCCCUAGCAUGUUAGAGGAAAUACAGAUUCCUGGGUCCCACCUCUCAGAGAUUCUGAUUCGGUUAGUUUUUAGCAAGACCCCAGAAUCUUCAUUUUAACAAGUUGCCUAAGGUUUUUCGAAUGCUCGGAUUUAGGAAUUACUAGAAUAAAUUAAUAACGCUGAAAUUUACAUUGGACCAAAACCUGAGAACUAAUUCCGGUUAUUUCCUCGAGUAGCCUUAGGCAAUUCCUCUCUUCUCUGUAGGUCUCGUUUUCCUCAUCUAUAAAAGAAAAGGGUGGAGAAGUUGACCUCUUAGGCUCUUCUACCUCGCAGAUUUCAGAACCCCCCGCCCCCAUGACAGUUAAUGGCCAAUGGUAGCCUGAGUCUGGAACUACAAUCCCCACAAUGACCUGCGCUUCCCUGCUCUUACGUAAGGUUGUGAAGGAGGAUCGCCCAAUGGAGGAGCUCCCCACAAACCUUUGCGGUGGUUCAAGAUGGCGGCGCCCACAGGCGCCAUGAGCGAUUCCGAUAGCAGCAGCAGCAGCGAUGCGGAGGAGCUGGCGCGGUGCCGUGAGGCGGCGAUGCCGGCCUGGGGCUUGGAGCAGCGCCCAAAGGGUCUUCAGAAGCCUAGAGCUGGUGCUGCAAAUAACCAGUUGCCAGCCACCCAACGGAGCCUCAGGCUUAAGGUGGAUGAGCACGAACAAGAUGGCAAUGAGCUUCAGACCACCCGCGAAUUCCGAGCUCACGUAGCCAAAAAGCUGGGAGCCCUACUGGACAGCUCCAUUACCAUCUCAGAAAUGGAGAAGGAGCCAACAAAGGCCAAGGUACAGAAAGCUGCCUCAGAGGAUGAUGGCUUCCGCCUUUUCUUCACAUCCAUUCCUGGUGACCCUGAGAAGGAAACUUCUCCCCAGCCCCACCGGAAGCGACCGCCCUCCAGCUCCAGCAGCGAGGACAGCGACGAGGAGUGGCAGAGGUGCCGGGAGGCAGCUGUGUCAGCCUCCGACAUUUUCCAGGAAUCAGCCAUCCAUGGCCCUAUCAAGGUAGAGAAAGAGGCAAAGAAGAAGAAAAAGAAGUGGAAAAAGAAAGCCAAGGAGGAGGCCAACGCCAGCGUGGCCACAGCCACCACCACCACAAGUGGAACUGCGGUCCAAAAGCAAGAAAAGGAGAUAGCCAAGCUCAGUAGGGACCAGGCAUCACUUGGAACCAAAAAGAAGAAAAAAGCAAAGACUAGUGAAGCUCCCCAGUUCCUGCCAGCAAAGAGUGCAGCAGCCGUGCUUGCAAACUGACCCAGCCUGUGGGCACAGGGCCCAACUAGCUCUGAGGACAAGGGGCCCACUAGAGACAAGACAUUUCUAAGCCUCUGCCUUCCUCCAAGUUCAAGGCCUUGGCUGGCAGGUCCAGACUCAGCCUCUGUGACCCUGAUCAUGAUUGGGUUUUGCCCAAGGGACAGGAAGAUGGAGUGGUGGUAGGGUCCAUAGCCUAAGCAAGGCCUGCCCCUCUCUGCUCCUACUGGGGCAGACCUGGGGUACCAGAACAUUCUGUGGCUUCAGGAAGAAACAGCCUGCAACUACUCAAGACUGAUGGCCAAGUGGUUAAGGUUCCAUCUCCCCAGUGCUGUCUGAGUGGGCAAGUGAAGAAAGAUUUCCUUCCUCUUUGCCUCCUCAGCCCCAGUAUGAGACACAAUCUCUAGAAAAUAAAGAGAAGGGCUUCCUGAGAUGCCAAGGCCCAAAGGGAAUUUUCUACUUCUCCCCCAGGCCACACAGGCUUGAUAUAAUACUGUCUAAAAGAAGGAAGAGAGAGAGAGUUUUUCCCCUGGCUUUCCAGAAGUUUCUUCCAUAUUUGUGAAUAUACCACGGAUCACCAUGUCUCUAAGCCAACCAGAUUAUCGAAGAUAAAUCUUUGUGGAGCACAACACUUAACAAAGUGUUCUGGGUGGUGCCUGUCCACCCAGUCUCAAAGAGACUUUGUAAAUAUGCCUCACACAUGAGAUCCUCCUGCCUGCACCCUCGAGGUAAGUCCUUCACCUCAGAGCUUCAGGACUUGAGGAAGUACUGCACCGCCUGUGGACUGGGUUUUGUAACAAUAGGCCUAUUCUACAAGAACGAGCAGAAGCUCAAGUUUAAGGUGAAAGUCUGGGAUCAUCAUCUUGCCUCCAAGAUGGCAGCAGAGCAAGAAAAACAGAAAUGGGUGUGAGGGUGUGUGUGCACUAGAGCCCUUCUCUCCUCAGGUCCCCAGCCCACCCCAAGCCCACGCUGCCUGCCCAAUCCCUGAUUAUUGAACAAACAAGAAGUUUUCAAUACAUCUCUCGUUUGCUUUACUGAAUGUUAAAUAACUUGACAGGCUGGCCCUUAGCUGGUUAUAAGCUGCAGGGAGCGCUGGUUCUCCCCGGCCCCUUCCUCAAUCCCAGGGUGGAAUUGUCCACUGAGGUCAAGGUUAUCUGCAGCAGCCCCAAGGAGAUGAGGUCACCUGUGCCCUGGGGUUAUACAGCUGCUUUGUCUUCCCCUCCCUGCCCCUCCUCCCAGAGGAACUCCGGACCUCAGACUCCUCAGGGUAGCUGUGAACUGCCUGGGCCUCUCCCCACCCCUCUACCAGCCAGGCUCCCAACAUCUUAGCCAUCAGUCCUGUCCACACAGAGAGCUCCUCUCCGCUGGCUCCACCUUUUCUCUUCCUCUGGGCUCCUCAGCUCUGCCAGCCGCUCAGGCCUUACUGCCUCCCACGGCAACGUCUCCCCUAAGCAAGGGAAGGGUCUGCAGGGCCCCUGGGCAGCAGUUCCUCUGACCUCGGGGGCCUGCUGCCCAGGGGCCUGGGCACAUCACCAGCCACAGAGUCCUGAGGCCCCUGCAAGAGCAGAGAGGACAUCCUAGCCCAGAGCUGGUCUUCAGUUGAAGCUAAAUGCCAGGUUGGCCUCAGAAGGUGUGAUGCUCAGGAGACCAAAUGUCCAGGAAAGCAAGGCAGUGGGGACCAGGGGAAGCGAUGGCUCAGAACGGGAGCUGGGAGAGCCCUGCCCACCUUUCCUGUUAGCUUGAGCCCGCUGUGGCUUGGGCGUCUGAGCUCCAGGCCCUGGCCCAGGGUAGUGUCUCUCAGGAUAUCAUAUGUGAGUGAGCUAUGGGUGGAUACAAAUGGGUGUGUGGAUCAAGAGAGGGGGAGGUGGGGAGGGGCAGGACUGGAGUGGCCUGGUGGGUGCCCGAGUGAGAGAUGAGACCUUGGUGCAUUCAUCCCAGGGGCAGGUGACCUAGGGCCUCUCCGAGCUCAGUGGGUCCCAGCCACAUGGGCUUGUGUCCUGAGGAGUGUGGCUGCCAGAGCCCCCUUGAGGGCCCCAGGGCUCUCCACAGGCCAAGGCUGAGCCUCCAAAGGCUGCCCCUUUCUGUUCCAAGUGACGAGAUUUCACCCUGAGCAGAAGGAUGGUUCUUCCCAUGUCCUGCCAGGAACAGGCUCUGCUUCCCAGCUCUCUGCAGUCCCUUCUUGUGCCCCUGAAGCAGCCCUUCUGAGCUGGGGUGCUGUAGAACCCUCCCAUUGCUGGCAGUGCAGGGUGGGGACUGAGGCAGUUCCCCAGGGAAGGCAGCAGCCCUGUAGCAGCAGAAGUUCGGCAGCCUCAGAUGUCC